AGCUAGUGAACGAAUGACUGGAGGCUCCAGAUUCCAGUCGUGCCAAAAGGGGCUUUCAGAGGUGCAUGCUGAACCUUUUUGCGCCAGAAAAGUUCUUCAUGAUUCUCCUAGCCAUGGGUUUCCAGCUUUACUGUUAAGCUACCUUCUCGACUCCAUCAAGCGGAUUUGCACCUGCUGUGCGCGCCUGCACUCAUCGAAAUUUCUCUCUCGAUAUCCAAAGCAAUAGUGAUACAACUGUUUGCACAUUAAAGUCCUAGCUCAGGCAGGGAGGAGGCGAGAAAAGCCCUUUUCUGUACCUGAGCGUUGAAGAUCAUGAAUUCCGAGGUGAAUAGUCUUGAGUGGAUGAGGCAACGUUGCAAGUGCAGUCCAAGCCUCGAAGGUCACACUCUCUGCUGUGUCUCAGUGAGAGAGUGAGUUUCAGUCCCACCAGAUCUGGUUCUGGAUUGCGUUGGACUUUGGGUGCGGUGAAUGCAUCCAUGUCAGUAUGACCUGAGCUCGCUGGCUCACCAGCGAACUAGGAACUAGGAAGUUAAAACUUCUCUCUUAUGUUAGGUAGACACUGCAAUGGUAGAAUUUCGUAUUGCUACAUGAAGUAAACCAGCUCUCAGGAAUCUUGGAUUUAAGUUAAUCGGGCUAAAAGAUUCAACCGAAAACACAGGAAACACAGGACCUUGUGUUCAGUUCAAGUGUCAAGCGAGCGACAGUUCAUCUGAGAAUCCUCUACCAUGAGAGGAAUCUACCUGCAGUAUCAUGAGAUCCCAUGUGGCGCACGGUUGAGUCACCGAGAACCUUUCAGCGACGCCAGUCCCAGUUAAUGAACAUGCAAAUUUGGAGUAUAAUACUCGGCAGCGAAUGCCACGUUCAGGUUGCGAUCGAGGAGCUUUGGUGGGAGUUGUGCAUAUGUAGCCAGCUUGUGGAUGCUGGAAGCUGGCGCUGUUCCAUCAACUUCCAUCAUUUGGCUAAUCGUUGACUGAUCUAACUUGGAAACUGAGACAAGAUUCUGAGAUUAUCUUUCACCUUUGGGCAAGGACAACAUGAUAACCUCCAAACCGUAGAAGGAUUUGCCUUGUCCUACGCAUGCGAGCAGCUUGCGGUUGGGAACUUGGAACUUUGAGUGGAGACCAUACUCUGAUCCUGGGAAGAAACUAGUCUACCACGACCUUCUCCGAUACGCAUGCACAUUGAUGACUGCAUGAACAAUUUGAAUCCCCUCUGCAGUACAGAUUCGUUGGGAAAUUAUGACAGAGGAACCAUAUAUAAUUGAGGUCUUUUUGGCGCUCUCUCCCUUCUCUUCCAGCAUGAGAAUUUCCGCUGUUUCUCUCACGACCAUACACAAUUACGAGAGAAAGGGAUAGAGAAGUAAUGGUCGGUCCAAUUAUUAUAUCAUAAUACUUUCCUGGGAGCAGUGUUCAGCUAGAUCUACCUCUCCAUCAGACUAUCCGAUUGAAAUGUGGAACGGAGGUAGGGCUGAAAGUUUGCACAUUGUAUAGAGCUGAACAUUAUUACAUGCGUUCUUACCUCGGCCCGGCUUCACGGAAGAAUGUUCCAGAGAGGUUCCUCUUUCUGAACAAUGUUUUGUUUAGCCGGGUUCACUUGACAAUGAUAGCUCAACCCCACAUAUUUGUCCACGUCAUGAUUCUGUCUCCUUCCAAACUCUGAGAUGCAACGAAUUGUGUCAGGAUGAUAUCAUUCGUCCGAGGAUAGAAAGGUACCAGAUUUGCGCUGAUAGUGGACCCACAUAUUCAUGCAGCAGCCUGAUAACAAUCGAAUAAAACUUACAAGCGAUAAUAAGAAAGACAUCCGUUCCGAUGCCCAAGAGUGUUCAACAGUUAUCCAAAUCUUGUGAUGCUGGGGAAUCUCUCGAGACUGCUCAUCAUUCCACCAUCGAGUGCACAUUAUUUGUAGAAGUAUUUGAAGUACAGUGCGGAGGAGUACAUGUCAAGCAGGUGAGCUCCUGUUCAACUUUUUGUGUGUACAGUCGAGCGAAUCUUGUGAAAGCGGUGUCCAUGGCCAGUUGUACUCCUAAGGUCUUUGUUAAAGUAUGUCUUUCUUCAAUCCUGGAAAUCUUUUUCUGUAUACAACAGUGAGCUGUGUCUGCCAUGUACUUUUAAGAGAAUAUCAAUAUUAUAAAUUCACUCCUGC